GUUGGUCUCACCUGCUCCACAGCUGAGGGAGAACACAAACUCACUUUUCAUCCUCGGCAGAACACGAAGGGUGAACAAAAUUUCAAAAAUUCUGAAUCACUAGCUGGGGCAUGUUUAUCUCCAAAUUGCUGCCUCUGGGCAGACUUGCCCUGCGAGCUGGGCCUGGACAACGGCAUUUUAUUUCCACCUCUUCUAAAAGAAUGAGCGAUGCUCCGUGGACUUACCGAGAGUUCACACUGGCAGAUAAAAAAUAUGAGAUAUGGGCGGAAGCCGUUGGGGCCAUGAUGUGGUGGUGGGUCUUUUGGCAUCUAUUCUCCGACUAUGAACAUUUAAUUGGCGAGAAAAAGUUUAUUUAUGCAGAGACUUGGACAGAUGAAGAGCUAGGAAUUCCCCCUGAUGAUGCAGACGAUCCAGAAUAAUUCAUACUUUAUAGUCAAUUUAGUUAUGUACAAGUCGCGUAAAUUACGUAGAAUUUUCCCUGCCAAUUGUAGAUAUUAAUACUUAUUAAUACUUAUUCUACAUGAAGAUGUCAACUCGAGGGAUGUCCUCAGCCCAAUAUGCAAUAUGAAUGAAUCCAAUUAAAUUGAAAUCAUAACUCUAAAAUAAAAUGCAUAAUGCUGUUCGGUUUGUUAAACGAG